AUGAACCCUCACCAGAAGAACAAGGUCGACGUCAAGUCACUCACUCCCGAGGAGCAGCGCCUUUUCCGCCUCUAUGGCAAGCUGCCCUCCCGAUCCGACCACUUCGCCAAGCAUCUCAAGGAUCGCAAGUACUUCGACUCUGGGGACUAUGCCAUGUCCAAGGCCGGUAAGGGCGACGGCGUCGACGCUGGUGCUGUCGGAUCUCAACACCCCGUCCCCGAGAACAUUCCCCACCUCUCCUCCCCGGUGAACGGCUCCUCAGCCAGCGUCCCCAAGCACCACGGCUCCGUCCCUGGCAUCCAAGCCGGCAGUCCUAUCAAGGAGAGCAGCUUUCUGAAGAGCGAGACCAGCGCCGAGGAGACACAGGGAGAUAACGCCGCCCAGCCCCAGGAUACAGACGCCGUUGCACCCGAGCCUGUUGCCGCCGGCGGCGAGGGCAUCCCCAUCCGAAGAUAG